GAAUAUGUUUCAUCAUUGCAGAUUGGAUGCAAAUUUUAUUCCCGAACUAGUGAUCAUGGCAUGACAAUACAAACACUUGCGCCUGCUCCACUGGAGGUGCUUCGUGAGAAAAAGGAGGCCCCUGCCACCACAGUCCUCAGCGGAGGAGGAGGAGGAGGAGGAGAGGAGGAGAUGAGAGAGGGAGCAGGGUCUAGCUACCCGCCACCUUGUCAUCGGAGAAGCAGGAGGCUUGUGCCCACCACCACACUACCAGAGGAGGGGGCCUGCGGUCUACUAGAUUACAUGGCAAAAAGUGGUUGGAGGCACAGGGGUCGCGCGAGAAGUGCACGCAAGAGAGGAACAUGGUCGAUAAACACGGAACCAUGCUCCCGAGACUUGCGCUCUGCCGGUAAAGGCCAAAAACAUGGGUGCAGAAGAAACAACGACCACUGGACAUUUGAAGAGGUGAAAGAGCUAGUGGAUGGCAUAUCUGUAUAUGGGGUUGGGCACUGGGCUAAAUUGAAGAAUGAAAGGUUUCGGACAUCAGUUCGAACGGCGGAGCAUCUUAAGGAUAAAUGGAGGAAUCUGUUGAAAGCCUACACGGGAAAUGCAAACAGAAGGAUCUCGCCACCUCUAGAUAGGGAUUGCGUUAAAAAGAUCCAGAGGCUAGCAGCUGAUUACCCUCGAAAAUGAAGCUGCACUUGUGAAUGCUACUCGAAACAUCGUAUGGUACUUUUGGUGUAGCAGUGACCCAGCAACCAGAGUUCUGUUAUAUUUGUAGAACUGUGAAGCACAGGCUGUCGUAUUAAGUGCAUCGAAAGUAGGGAGUAGAAUGAGCCAUCUGGACGGAGCAGUUUCUAUCUCCUUCCUAACUGCCUAGACAGAC